GUCAGCUGAGUGUAUGACAAUAUUGAUCUAAUGAGGUUAUUAUGACGUUGUUGUAAAAGAAACCCCUUAUUAAGAGUUCUUUGAAUUAACCGAAAUUUAAAAGUGUAGUUUUAUUUUGAUGUAUUUCAAAUUCUUAAAGUACAGAAGUUCUAAAAUGAAAUUACAAAAUGAUUGCCAACAUUUAAAUAUGGUUUUUUAUUUUUUGUACUGUGGCACACUGUUCGUGGGUUUUUUACAGUCUGUAACAACUUAUUUACAAAAAGAAAUUUCAAAAAUAUUGUGAAAAAUGAUAUUACCAUUAUGCGACUGAAAAGAAUCAUGCUAAGAUAUUUUCCUCCAGGAAUAGGACUUGAAUACACUCAAGGAGGAUGCACCAAGACUAAAGAAAUAGAUUUAUUUGAUUUAACAGGCAGUACUGAUAUCGAAGAGCUGGCGUUUGCUGUUGCUAAAGGAGAGCCUCUAAUAACUCCGAAUGUCCAUCACCAGCUAGUUGAUUCUCUGAGACGUCUGCAGAAAAAAAUAUUCAGUACCACCAUUCACAAUUUUUACCGUCACAAAACAUUGAAAACGCAUCUAUUACCGUUGACGAAUGUGGCGUUUGAUAAGUUUGGAAAAAAAUGUUUGACUGGAAGCUAUGACAGGACCUGCAAAGUUUGGGAUAUUGAAACGGGUGAGGAAGUCUUUACUCUUCAAGGCCACAAGAACGUUGUGUAUGCUGUUGCGUUCAAUAAUCCAAAUGGAGAUAAAAUCCUUACGGGAUCAUUUGACAAGACUGCACGUCUGUGGUCAUACGAAACAGGAGAAUGCAAACAAACUUUCUCAGGACACUCAGGCGAAGUGGUGGCAGUGCAGUUUGAUCCCCAGAAGCAGCUGAUUGCCACUGCCUCCAUGGACGCCACAGCUAGACUCCACAACUCUGCUACAGGACAGGAAGUUGCUGUGUUACACGGCCACACUGGGGAAAUAAUAAGUCUUCAGUACAACACUUACGGCACUCAUCUGCUGACAGGAUCUUUCGAUCACACUGUUGCCUUGUGGGAUACUAGGACAAAUAGUCAGCUGGGAGUACUGACAGGCCAUGAUGCUGAGAUCAGCAGCUGUAUGUUCAGUCAAGAUGGAAAUUUGGUUGUGAGCGGUUCACUGGACAAGACCGCUCGAGCUUGGGAUAUGAGGACAUUAACUUGUCUCUAUAGAAUUGAAGGCCACAAUGAUGAGGUGUUGGAUGUAACUUUGGAUCUUAGAGGAUGGCGGUUAGCUACAGCUAGCAGCGACUCAACAGUUUGUUUGUGGGAUCUACAGAACAACUGCAAGUUGAUAUCCACUCUUUCAGGACAUACUCAAGAAGUUUCAAAGGUUUGUUUCAAUCCCGCGGGUAGCAUUGUGUUGACUGCCUCCCAAGACCACACUGCUCGCCUCUGGGAUCCUGACUCUGGGAAAUGUCUACAAAUUCUAGAGGGCCAUUCAGAUGAUGUGUUCUCUUGUGCAUUCAGUUAUUAUGGAGACACUAUUAUUACAGCUUCCAAAGAUAACACUUGUCGUAUAUGGCACAACUCAAUUGUGAAGAAGAUUGAUGAAUAAAGCAGUUAAGAAUGAAAAAAAA